GCCCGCGCUCGCCUUCCUUCCUUCCUCCACCGGGCUACCAGCCAACCCACCACCCCCGUCGCACACACGAGCGCAGUCGCACGCUCUCGAGUUAACUACUAAACGCGCAAAAAAUAAAACUGCGAGAGGAGAGAAAAAAAAAAAUCCCCGAAGCUACUCCUCCCCCUCCCAUGCCUGCCCCCCUCGCCGCUGCCGCCGCCGCCGAAGUCGAGGAGAGUUGGACGACCGCCACCGGGAGCUUCGCCGGAGCAGGCGCCAGCCGUGGCCUCUCUCGCGGAGACGCCUCUGCUCCUCGGGCGCAGGCGGUAGCCGUCGCGGGGGCGCCCUGUGAGCCCUGAUCGGCGGCGGGCGGGGCGGCGGCGGGCUGGUUGGUGUGGAGCGUGGGCGGGGCCGGGCGAUGGCGCCGGCGAAGAGGAAGCGCGCGGCGGCGGCGGCGGCGGCGGCUGCAGCGGUGGCCGCGGCGAAGUGGAAGGUGGGCGACCUCGUGCUCGCCAAGAUGAAGGGCUUCCCGGCGUGGCCGGCCAUGAUAAGUGAGCCAGAGCAAUGGGGCCUGUCUUCUGUUAAGAAGAAGCUGCUGGUCUAUUUCUAUGGUACUAAACAGAUUGCUUUCUGCAAUUAUGCUGAUCUUGAGGCAUUCACUGAAGAGAAAAAGAGGUCUCUACUUGCCAGGCGACAUGGUAAAGGGGCUGAUUUUCUGAGAGCAGUUGAUGAGAUAAUUGAAGUUUAUGAUUCUUUAAAGGAGAAAGGUAAUAAUAAGCUUGACUUGGCUGCUGAUGAAGUGAAGCCAGGUAUAGAAAAGCUUGCUGAUAAUAAUAGCUGCAUGGAUACUGAAAGUCUAGUCAAUAGCUCCAAUAUGGAUAGUGAUAGACAACCAGAAGACCAUUCUGUCACUGGAAGGAGUCAUGACGUGGUCAAUUCUGAUGGACCUUCUGUCACUGUAAUGGGGGACCAGCAUUGUGUUGUAAAUUCUGCCCCCGACGAGCCUACUGAAAAUGUAUCCAUCCUUGAUGAAAUGAGGGAUAUCCCUUUGUCUACUAGUUCAUUUUCAAAGAAGCUAAGGGAUGCACAGCCACAGAAUUGCUAUACACGUAGCAGGGUUCCAUCGCUGCGGAAGUCAAGAAGUUCAAUAAGUAUUGAAUCAAGAAAGGCUCAAGGCUCUGGUAAACUUUUGGGUCAUACCAGUUUGGAUUCUAUUGAUUUGAUUCCUGAUGACAAUAAAGAAGAUUCCAAUCGUCAUGAAGAUGACAAAGCUAACUCAGGUUCUGUUUCAAAACAAGAUAAUGUUUGGUUGCAUUCAAGUGGAGGCGCCUUCAACCAACCUGAAACUUGUGAGACUAGUAACAUCAAUAAAAAGUUGAAUCCUCCUGCUAAGGUAGAUAGUACCUGUAACAGUGAAGCAUCUGACAAUGGAACUUCAGAGACAGAAUUGAAAUCGAAUGGUACAUCAAAUCUUCCCAUGACCACAGUAGCAAGUUUGAAGAGAAAAAGAAAAUCAAAUAGAAAGCCUCUUCCUCAUUCUAUAGAUUGUACAACACCAAAUAAAGAUGAAGAAUUGCAGGCUGAGUCAAGUGAAAACCUUGCAGAUUCUCCAAACUCAAAGAAUGAAGUGAAUAAGUCAGAUGGCGAUGAGCACUUGCCAUUAGUCAAAAGGGCAAGGGUUCGAAUGGGAAGGCCUCAGUUGAAGGACUCACCUGUUGAUGAGAUUGACGUUUCUAGUAACAAAACAGAGCUUGCUACACCUGCAAACCAAUGUGAUACACAUAGUACACAUGCAAUACCAGGCAAUGAUUAUUCAGCUGUUCAGGUGUCCGCUGUGGUAAAUACUGUUUCUAAUUCAUCAUCCAAAUUUUACAAGUCUGUCCUAUCAGGGGAAGGUAACCCUUCUUGGAAGAAUAAAGAAUACCAACCAAAGAUUUUAGCUUUGGAUGUGGAAGCUGCUUUGCCUCCCUCAAAACGCCUUCAUCGCGCCUUAGAAGCUAUGUCUGCUAAUGUUGCUGAAACUGAUAAUUGUCUACCUGAAGUGACUGGACCAAACGACUUGGUUUUAAACGGCUCUUUGUCUUUAGCAAACAACAAUUCUAAUAAAUCUGCAGAUGCAGUAGUCACAGCCUCCAAUAGAUCUGCAGUAGUUCAAAGCCCUAGACCAUCUUUGAACAUGGAAUUCGUGCAUAGCCCAACAGGCAAAACAUACACCUCAGAAUCAAUUUUACAAAAUAACAAUGUUCCUUCAGAAGCAAAUGAUAGUGACAAUCAUAUCAUGAUGAAAGGCGAUAUUUGUGAAGAAACCCAUAUGGACAGCAAAAAUACCGAUAGUUCCUUGGUUUGUAAUGAAGUUGAUAAUGUUGUCUGUGGGAACGUUUCAGCCCUUUGUAUGAAGUCGAGUGAGCCUGCUAUUGCUGUUACACUAACCACAUCUGUACCUGAUCGGUUAUCUUCAUCUUUGGAGAAAGCUGGUGGAAAUGCAGUCACAAAACCAAUCAUCGGCAAGGACACAAAACCAAUUGGCUCCGCUGUUUGUGAUGUUGACAGAAGUGCCGAGCCAAUUGACCUGACAAACAGCAAUGUGAUCACCGAUGCUAUGUACCGUGGUGAGACUGUUAUAGCUGAAUCAACAAACAAUAUGGGGGAUACAACAAGCAACUCUUCAUUGGCUACUAAAUGUUCCAGUAUAUUAUCCGAUGCAGACACCCGGGCAUUUGAAGUGCAUACAUUUUCAGCUUUGGCAUUGAAAGAACUUAACCACAGAAACCUAAAGGAUAAGAGCACUUCUCCGGAUUCAAUGCCAAUGAAAGAACUCAUAGCUGUUGCACAAGCUAGAAGAUUCUCUCGAUCAACUUCCUUUGCAGAUAACUUUCUAAAUGCCAAGUAUAUUCCUGAAACUUUAGUAAAUACACCUCCCAAGGAAGGAUCGCAAAGGCAGUUGUCACCUUCAAAUCGGAUAAUCAGGUCCACCUCGACAUAUGAUAAUUUUCAGUCUAGGAGUCCUUUUGAUAGUAUUCAACAUAAGAAAUUAGCAGGGCAUGAUGAAGCCAAUGCAGCACGAAGGGCUUUCAAAGAUUUCCUCGGUACACUGACGAGAACAAAAGAAAGUAUAGCACGUGCAACACGUCUUGCUAUUGAUUGUGCUAAAUUCGGCAUUGCUGGUGAGACAAUUGAUAUUAUCGUCGAGCACCUGGAAAAGGAAUCAAAUUUGUAUAAGAGGGUGGACCUCUUCUUUCUUGUGGAUUCAAUAACACAGUGCUCUCGCAAUCAGAAAGGUGGAGCUGGAGAUGUAUAUCCUUCUCUUAUUCAAGCAGUUCUACCUCGAAUACUCUAUGCUGCUGCACCUCCUGGAAACUCAGCAUGGGAGAAUCGAAGGCAGUGUCUCAAGGUUUUGAAACUUUGGCUUGAGAGAAAAACACUUUCAGAAUAUAUCAUCCGUCAUCAUAUUAGAGAAAUUGAGACUAUCAAUGAGGCAUCAUUUGGAAGUUCUCGCCGUCCUUCGAGGACAGAAAGAGCUCUAAAUGAUCCUUUGCGUGACAAUGAAGGAAUGCUUGUUGAUGAGUAUGGGAGCAAUGCUGGUUUCCAGCUACCCAACUUAAUUUGCACAAAAGUACUUGAAGAAGAGGAAGGAAGCUCCUCUGAAGAUCGGAGUUUUGAAGCUGUUACACCUGAACAGGAUGCCCAAGGUAAUGAUGACGAUGAAGAAUCUCAAAUGCCUGUGGAGAAGCACCGGCGUAUUCUUGAAGAAGUUGAUGGCGAGCUUGAGAUGGAGGAUGUAGCUCCACCUUCUGAAGUCGAAGUUAGCACCAAAUGCCGACCAGACCAAAGUGACACCAAGUCUACAUCUGAUCAAUACCCUUCAGAUGUUGGCCCUCCUCUUCCUAAUGAUAGGCCUCCAUCACCUCCGCCAUUGCCAUCAUCUCCUCCACCUGUGCCACCUCCUCCACCUGCGCCCAUUUCUCAGAGUUCACAGAUGCAGCCAAAAUUGCAAAUGACAUCUGAUCCUGUUGGGCUGCAUCCUCCAAGAGCUACCUAUAAUGUUCAAAGUCAACAACCACAUUCUACUGCAGAGCACUCAGGAAACAUGAAUCCUUCUGUGGCACCAUUGCCACCUCCACCAUUUUGUAAUUCGGGGUAUGGAGGGCAUCCGAAUCAGAUACCCCCUCCCCCGCCAAUGGCACCACUCAAUCCUCCUGGUCCUCAUGGGAAUUUCCCUGCACCCCCAGGAUCAUAUCAUGGAAAUAACUACCAUCGACCCCCAAAUGCAUCAAUACCUAAUGAGGGGUAUCAUUUGCAACCACCACCCCCUCCGCCUCUAAAUCAAUUCCCUUGUGUGCCACCAGAACCUCAACAAAGACCACCUCACUGGGGUAAUAACUGUUCAUCUUAUCCUGAGAGAUAUCGGUACAAUGGACAUGAUCGAGGUCAUCACAGACAAGAUAGAAGGCACGGGCAUGAUAGACAACACCAUUUUGAUGAUAGAGGAUAUCACUACGAUGAUAGAAGAUAUCACUAUGAUGAUAGAGCCCAUUACUUUGAUGAUAGAAGACAGCAUUUCGAUGACCGAGGACAUCACUUUGAUGAGAGAGCUAUUAGGGGACCAAUGCACCAUGAAGUUGGUGAGAGGGGAAGAUUUCCUCCUUUUCCGUCAGGGCCUCCUCCGAUUCCAGACCAUGUUGAAGCUUCACCAGCCCCGAUGCACUAUGGACAGCCAUCAGAUCCUCCACCAGGGCCUUGUGCAGGCUGGUCUAGGCCCCCUAGGAUAUCGAACUAUUCUCCCUCCAGACGUUCUGUGGAGCCUCUGGUUUCACAUGUAGCUGGAGGACAUGGUAGCUGGAGACCAAGAUGACCUUUUGCAACAUUGAAAUGGUAUGUUGUCCCAUUGGCAUUGCUCUGCGUUCGAGACUUUCCGCUUUGGUAAACUUGGAAGGCUGAGGUGGCUAAUCGUCUCCGUUCCAGUGGACUCCAGCGCGAAACCAUCCAGAAAGUGGCUAGACGUUACCUGCCUCCAUGUACAUAUGUAUCUUGGGAUUGUUCUGAGAAUGGAGAGCUGAAUCAUAGGGAUAGAUUGUCAUCUAUCUUAGCUGUAGAUUGUAUUGUUAGUCCGACGGUUUUCAAUUUCAUUUGGAGGAUUUUCAUCGUUUAUGUCCAUUCAUGUAUCCCUCCAGCCCUCAGACAACAGCUACUCUGGUGACUUAACUGUUUGAUUACAGCGUACAUAUGCCAAAAAGUAAAAUACAAAGCAUUUUGCCA